GAGGGGCCGCCGGGCCGGGCCGGGGCGGGCAGGCUGCACCGCCUCCCCAAACACAGCCAUUGCGCGCGCCGCCGGGGUGCAGCCGUGCUCCGGCUUCGCGGACGCACGGGCGAGUGAAUACAAAAAGGGCGGCCCCGCGCCUCCUUCCGCCCCUUCCUGCCCCGGUGCGCGGCGCGGCCAGGUGCGGGCUCCGGGCGGUGACCGCCUUUUGCCCGGCGGCCGCGAGCGGGGGUGGGCGCGCUUUCUUCUGCUCAGAGGCGGACGAGGUCCUGCCGCGCGCGGGGUUCCCCGACCCCACUCCCACCCGCGCGCCGCCCGGCCCCGCUCUCCUCCCAGCCUCUCGCCAUGACGGCGUCUCCGGAUUACUUGGUGGUGCUUUUUGGGAUCACCGCUGGGGCCACUGGCGCCAAGCUGGGCUCGGAUGAGAAGGAGCUGAUCCUGCUGCUGUGGAAGGUCGUGGAUCUGGCCAACAAGAAGGUGGGACAGUUGCACGAAGCACUCGUUAGGCCGGAUCACUUGGAACUGACUGAGGACUGUAAAGAAGAAACGAAAAUAGACCCCGACAGCCUGUCCUCCGCUCCGCAGCUGGACCAAGCCCUGCGACAGUUUAACCAGUCCGUGAGCAAUGAGCUGAAUAUUGGGGUGGGGACUUCCUUCUGCCUCUGUACAGACGGGCAACUGCACAUCAGGCAGAUCCUGCAUCCUGAGGCUUCCAAGAAGAAUGUCUUACUACCUGAAUGCUUCUAUUCCUUUUUUGAUCUUCGAAAAGAAUUCAAGAAAUGUUGCCCCGGUUCGCCUGACAUUGACAAGCUGGAUGUUGCCGCGAUGACAGAGUGUUUAAACUUUGAGAAGAAUAGUUCAGACUCUCGAUAUGGAGCCUCUCAAGUCGAAGAUAUGGGGAAUAUAAUUUUAGCAAUGGUAUCGGAGCCUUACAAUCACAGGUUUUCAGAUCCAGAGAGGGUAAACUACAAAUUUGAAAGUGGCACUUGCAGCAAGAUGGAACUUAUUGAUGACAACACUGUUGUCAGGGCACGAGGGUUACCAUGGCAGUCUUCGGAUCAGGACAUUGCAAGAUUCUUCAAAGGACUCAAUAUUGCCAAGGGAGGUGCAGCACUUUGUCUGAAUGCUCAGGGUCGGAGGAAUGGAGAAGCUCUGGUUAGGUUUGUAAGCGAAGAGCACAGGGACCUAGCACUGCAGAGGCACAAACACCACAUGGGGACCCGGUACAUUGAGGUUUACAAAGCAACAGGUGAAGAUUUUCUUAAAAUUGCUGGUGGUACAUCUAAUGAAGUAGCCCAGUUUCUCUCCAAGGAGAAUCAAGUGAUUGUGCGCAUGCGCGGGCUCCCUUUCACAGCCACAGCUGAAGAAGUGGUGGCCUUCUUUGGACAGCACUGCCCCAUCACUGGGGGGAAGGAAGGCAUCCUUUUUGUCACCUACCCAGAUGGCAGGCCAACAGGGGACGCUUUUGUCCUCUUUGCUUGUGAGGAAUAUGCACAGAAUGCACUGAGGAAACAUAAGGAUUUGUUGGGUAAAAGAUACAUUGAACUCUUCAGGAGCACAGCAGCCGAAGUUCAGCAGGUGCUGAAUCGGUUCUCCUCAGCCCCCCUCAUUCCACUUCCAACCCCUCCCAUUAUUCCAGUACUACCUCAGCAGUUUGUUCCCCCUACAAAUGUUAGAGACUGUAUCCGCCUCCGGGGGCUUCCCUACGCAGCCACAAUCGAAGACAUCCUGGACUUCCUGGGGGAGUUCUCCACAGAUAUUCGUACACACGGGGUUCACAUGGUGCUGAAUCACCAGGGCCGCCCAUCCGGAGACGCCUUUAUCCAGAUGAAGUCUGCGGACAGAGCGUUUAUGGCGGCGCAGAAGUGUCAUAAAAAAACCAUGAAGGACAGAUACGUUGAAGUCUUUCAGUGUUCAGCUGAGGAGAUGAACUUUGUGUUAAUGGGGGGCACUUUAAAUCGAAAUGGCUUGUCCCCACCGCCAUGUAAGUUACCAUGCCUGUCUCCUCCCUCCUACACAUUCCCAGCUCCUGCAGCGGUCAUUCCUACCGAAGCUGCCAUUUAUCAGCCCUCUGUGCUUUUGAAUCCACGGGCGCUGCCGCCUUCCACUGCCUACUACCCAGCAGGCACUCAGCUCUUCAUGAACUACACAGCCUACUACCCCAGCCCCCCAGGUUCGCCUAAUAGUCUUGGCUACUUCCCUACAGCUGCCAGUCUUAGCAGUGUCCCUCCACAGCCCGGCACGGUGGUCAGGAUGCAGGGCUUGGCCUACAAUACUGGAGUUAAGGAAAUUCUUAACUUCUUCCAAGGUUACCAGUAUGCAACCGAGGAUGGACUUGUUCACACAAAUGACCAGGCCAGGACUCUACCCAAAGAAUGGGUUUGUAUUUAAGGGCCCCAGCAGUUAGACCAUCCUCAGAAGAGAAGUGUUUGAAAGACGUAUGGUGAUUCUGAAGCCAUCCGACAAGAAAACUAGUGACUUCAGGGGAAGUUUGUCUACACUCAGGCUGCAGUAUUUUCAGCAAACUCAAUUAGACAGUGGACCUGUGCCUUAUCUUUUGGUGGAAUGAAAAAUUGGAGCCUGUGAAGCCAGAUCCUUACGGCAAGCAGCACGCACCGUGCCUGGCUCCUGGAUGAUUGCAAACCCGCAUCUAAAAUGUGAAUUUGAAAUCAGAUGUCUCUGUUACUUCCAGCUAAAGUGGCAUCACAGCUGUUUCCUAAGUUUAAAAAUUCUUGGAUUAAAAAAUUCCCCACUUGUGUCUACCACUUCUACCAUGAAGUCUUGAUAAGGAAGCUCCACCUUGCCUCCAUCUGCCCAUCUUCUGCAUGUGCGUGCCCUCUUGCUUAGCAAUUCAAGCAUAAAGCCUUGGACUACUUAAAUCACAGUUUAAGAAAAGAAAGAAAAGAGCCGGGUGUGGUGGCACACGCCUGCAAUGCCAGCACUCAGGGAGGCUGAGGCAG